CCUCUCAUUGUGUCUGCUCUUUGAUUUUUCUCUAGUGACUUUUGCCUCUUUUGUUGUUGUGAUCAUAGCUUUUGCUGAGUAUAUCUACAAGCUUUUGCUUAAAGGUUCUGAAAGAAUUGGAUUCACAGCUUUUACUCAUGGUGCUUUGUGGAAAAAACUUGAAUCAGUUACAACUCUGCAAAACUCAUAAGCGUUUCAUCCCGCCAAUCAAGGAUUUCAAAAAAGUUUCAAAAUUAACGCAGUCAAGCGAGGUUAUGGGAGAAGUCGUGGCUAUAGAACCCAAAGAUGCUAUUCCAGUCGGUAAUGUUCCUGUUAAGGUUUGUGUUAAUGUAGAUAUAUCUAUGCCCAUGAGAAGAGGUUUCAAAUGUUCAACGUAUGCUGGAGUCACAAAGUGGCAGCAAUUCUUCUAUGAGCGACAGCCAAAAAACAUCUGCAUGGAGUGCUAUAUUAUCAAUCACUCAAAAAAUGCUUGUGAAGCUGCUGCUAUUUUUCUGAAGAAGGCUCAUGAUAAACCUUAUUUUAUGGGGAAGGUAAAUAAUGUUCGCAAGACUAUCAAUGCUGUCAAGGCCACUUCGGAGCUUGCUUCAACAAAAGUUCCAAUAGUCAAGACUAGCCAGAAAAAUUUUGUGAAAUCAACCAGCUUUAUCCGUCCUAAAGAUGGUGAAGUCAUCAAUUUGGAUUCUAUCCUUAGAGAAGAAGGAAUCACUACGGAAGAUGAUAGUAGACUUGGAAAGAGGCAUCGGUUAGAUGAAGUAGCGGACAAAGGCCACUCAACUUUAGAGUCUACUCCACAAAGCACCAUGGUGAAUCCAAUUUCAGCCUUCAUAAAUACUCAACAGAUCACAACCGGAGAUAAUUCAUCUUUGCAGGCACACAAGGGGAAUCAGGAUAAAAGUUGUAUUGCUGAAAUUGCCAAAGCUUGGGAAAAAUAUGUGAAUGGUUCUGCAGCUUUUAAACUUAUCAAGAGAUUGCAGUUUACAAGAAUUAUUCUUUCAAGAUGGAAUAAGACUCAUUUUAGAGACAUUAAUCAGCAUGCAGAUGACCUCCGGAAUAAGCUCAAUACAAUUCAAUCCUUACCUUGUUCACAAGAAAAUUCUUCUCAAGCUCUAGAAGUUAGUAAAGAAUUGCAAAGAUGGCAUCAAAUUCAGCAUGAUUUCAACAAACAAAAGUCCAGAGAUACUUUCUUGAAUGAUAUAGAUAAUAACACAAAGUAUUUUCAUACAUUAACUAAAAGGAAAAGGUCAAGAAACAACAUAUAUUCAAUGAAAGAUGAUGAUGGUUACUGGGUUCACUCAAGAGAUGAGGUUGCUUCUUUAUUAACUAAACAUUUUAAAGAUAUUAGUACUUCUUCUACUCACAUCAUUAAGGGACACCAUUACAAUCAUAUUCCAACUUUAAUCACUUAA